UAUCUUUUUUACUGAAGGAUUUAGCAUUAUGGACUGGGUAUCUGGCUAGCAAGACAACUGAUAACAAAUCUGUUUUUGGUGGCCAUUUAAAAGGAUAGGUUUUAGACCCGGAAGUAAACCCUGAGGUCGCCAUGGGAGGCAAAGUCAGCUCCAAAAUGGCAGCUCCCACCGCCAGAGUAAUUCAGGCUGUACGGCCGCAUGCUCCUUUGAUCAAAUUCCCUAAAAGACAGGACAUGCCAAGGCCCAAUGUCCAAGAGGCAUUGAAAUUGAUAGGUCUUAAUGUUCCAGAACACAAUGCUCUGAGUUCGCCUUCGGCUUCUGCAUCGCCUGCACCGUCCAGACCUCAAGUACCUUUAAGUCCUGUCCCAGGAACGCCAGACACACUGGCAUCUAUUCAGCAACUGCCUGCCAGGUACCGCAGGAGACCGUUAACCCUGGAAGAAAUUGACUAUAUUCAGCGUGGUGGACCGGAGUGAUCGGAAGCAAGCAAGCAGUCUCUACAGCCAAAGGAAGAUCAGUUGGAAGAUGAAUCUGUGUUUAUUCUCCUCAUCCCCCAUACUUUGAGACUAGUAGAAUAAAGUACUACAUCCUGUUGCAAUGUACAUAAUGUUUAUUUUAAAUGAUUGCAAUGUAUUCUAAGAUCACAGUAAAUUAGUUUCACUGUGAUACACAAAAGAAGCCAUAGUGGCUUUUAAAAAUAUUAAUUUAACCAAACCUGCAGUGGAAAGAGCUCUUCUUUUGUUUUUCAAUGAUCACCUUUAUUUAAUUUAAGGCUUGAACUAUAUUCCUAAAAAGCAAGCUGGAAGUAAAUGGACAUAAUCUGUUCUGCUAUUAAGCAGGGAGAAUUCUGGAGAGAUGGUUAAUAAAAGUACAUUUUGAAACCGUU